AUGUCUGAUCAAAAAGUUACUUUAUUGAUUUCUAAAGUAAAGACACUAUUUUCAGGUUCAAUAGUAUGCAAAGUAUUCUGUCUUUUACUUAGUUGUUACUCUAAAGUAUCAGGACAAAAAUGA